AUGAUAAGAGACCUUUUUUGUUGCAUUUUGGUUCAUGUUGGAAUUGCAGAAAGGUAAUUUUUGGAAAUUCUCAUCAAUAUUAAAAUAAUGAGGAAAAAUUAGUUCUUUAAGUUAAAAAAGAUUAAAAACAAGGUUGUUAUUGGCAACCAUUUUUAUUUAUUUUUUGUUAUUAUUAGGUUUUUAUUGUUUUUAUUCUAUUCUAAAUUCUUUUUCAAACAAUCCUUGUCAUGAAAAAGCAAUACUAUUGAUCGAGCUCUACUCAGGAUCGUUUUUCGUUAGCAAUAAUUAAUGAUUGCUUACAGAUAUAAACAAUGCUCGAAUUAAGAGGGGGCGCAGGGAGACCUCAACUAAUAUUACAGAAAUGUAAUCGUUUUACUACUAUUUGUUUGAAAUGGAAUACAUGGGACGCAGUGCCAUGGCGGUUACAAGGGGGAUGCCAUGACAAUCGCCCCCCUUUGGACCAUGUUAUAGAUUCUGAGUGAAGCAAAGAAUGUAUUGAUUUUACAAAGUUGUUUAUUUAUUUUUUUUUUCUAAUGUGAACCCUUUUUCUACCAGAAAGCUUACUCCGAUUAUUAAGUAUAGCACCUUGUCUGAAAGGAAAUGUUUUAUGGGUGGUACUUUAGAGCGGUCAUUUUUUGAAAUUUUCAUUUAUAUUCGAGAUAAUGAGAAAAACCUGAUUCUUUAGAUUAAAAAAUAUCGAAAGAUUAAAAAUAACAUUUUCAUUGGCAACCGUUUUUAAUUAUUUUUUUUUUAUUAUUAAGUUUUUAUUCAAUAUAAUAAAAAUAAUCUUUUUAAACAAUCAUUGUUGUAAUCAUUAUUUUACCAUAAUAUGACAUAUAUAUUGUUGACAAAGCAACACUGUCGACUGAAAUCCGCUCAUAAUCGUCUUUUCGUUAGCAACAUUGUUUAUCGUUGCUUACAGAUAUAAAUUAAAUUUCUGUCUGUAUCCUACCUUUCCAACUUCUCAUCUAGAACAAUGGCCCAUCCGCCGAAUUUAAUGUAUAUCUGUUAGCAAGGAAAAACCAUUGUUAACGAAAAAUUGAUUCUGAGCGGAGUUCAGUUAAUUAGUGAUGCUUUGUCAAUAAUAUAUAUGCCAUAUAAUGAUAAAACAAUUGAACAGGCGUAAAAUAUAUUAUCUUUAAUAGUAUUUGUUUAAUACUGAACCGUUUUCCUACGUUUUUCUCGAUUUUUCCAUAUUUUUUUCCUAGUAUGGUUAAAACUCAUCAAAAAAUUACCUCCUUAAAGUACCUCCCCAGUCCGAUUUCAUAUCAGAAAAGUUGCUACACUUAAUAACCAAAACCGGGUAGAAAAGUUGUCCACAGAUGAAAAAAAAAAAAAAAAAUAAACAUAUAAACAUGAAAAACCAUAAGCUUCUUCGCUCCGCUCAAAAUAUAAAAUCAAACAGGUGCAUAACACUAUGCUGUACUAUUCGCUCGUAAUCUAUAAAAAAAAAAAAAAAAACUCCAUCCCAACCCUCAAAUCAUUAUAUUCUUAUAUGAUUUUAAAUUUAAAAAAAAAAAUCUUUAAUUUUGUAAUUUCAACUUACUGCCGUCAUGGUGUUGUAUCUGGACGGAAAUCCACUGCGCGACUAGUUUUAUCGCGUUAACGAAGACCGCAUUCAUGGUGUCAGACGAUCGCGAUCGAUUCAUGGUCAAAAUACGAAAUAUCGGGUUGACCGGUAAUGGCUAUGUACGUACACACUGCAGCGGCACAGCGCCCGCGUCAUUUGUGUGACGGAGCGCGGCGUUUAGAUAAUGCACUGCCGUAGGCGCAACUAUGAGGGGGGGGGGGUUGCUAGGGAGUCUUUAGAAUUAAAAUUAGCACCCCCAAAUAUACCCGAUACGUUGUUUUAUACUAUAGACUAAGCAUUCUGUCCGUGUGUUCCAUAAUUAAUAAGCCAAACAAAAUACCAAUUACCUAUCUACACGCAAAAUCAGUUAAAAGAAGUUUUGAUACAUUUUUAUACAAAGUUGUUAAUAAAAAGUGUGUGGUCGCUUAUUAUACGUAUCGUGCAAAUUGUAUUGUGGGGGUAUUGCCUCUAUGGGUCUGUGAUGUAUUUUAUACUUUUAGCGCCCCCCCCCCCAAGUUCGCAGGCGGUCUAGUUGCGCGCCUAUGUACACUAUUAACUAUAUGAUAUAUGAGUCCCCCGACCCAAACAUAAAAAGUGAAAUGUCUCGUUUACGGAUUGAUAGGAGUCAAGAAUUUCAGUACCGAAAUGUAUUUUAACUAAUUUCCUUCUUUCCAGCGUUUAUAGUCCAUGAUGUAUAUGGGACCUAAGACCGUAGUUUGCAAUGUUUAUAAUAUGGGCAGAUAGGUAUUGAUUAAGAAUAUUUAACAAUGUACUAUACAAAAAUUAAGUGUAUGGGUUUUUAGGCUACAGCCACGGUUAUAGACAAAACCUAGAUAGAUAAUAUCUAUAAUCGUGCUAAAUGUUAACAGCUAAAUAUUACUAAAAUAUUUAUUAUAUAUUACCAUUGAUUAUAGAAUAGACUAGGUAUUCUAUAAUCAAUAAUAUUACAUUGGUGCUCACUGCUCAGUUAUUCACCAAUUAAGAUUGUAAUUUAUUAUAUAUGCCUAUAUAAUAUAUAUUAUUAUAACUUAAUUCGUGUACGUAAUACAGAAUAAUUAUUAAUUAUUUAUUUAAUUUUGUAAUUAAUGUUUAAUGGUUAUAUGACUCACAGUCAAUCUGUAGAUUGAAUACAAUUUGUCUUUGUUUAGUUUUUUUCCACAAAUAUGAUUAAACCGAAACUGUACAACGAUCUUUUGUUACAACCAAGCAGAACGUUGUACAUAUUCAUGAUGAAAACUAAUAUUCCAUUUGAAUCAAUGCUAUUAAAUCUGAGACGAGGUAUAUUAUUUUAACUAGGUGAUAAAAAAUAUGUAAUUUUGUGUUUAUAUAUACAUAUUUUUGAAUCCUGUAAAAAAAGAACAACAAUUUUAAAUGUUUAUUAUUAUAAAAAUUAACGAUUAUUACAUAAAAAAAAAAGAAAGAUAUAUUAUAACACUAAAACACUUAUAUAAUAGGUAAAAAAUAUAUACCUAUUAAUUAAUGUAUCCUAAAAUUAAUAAGUUAAUAAUAUAUCAAAUUCUAUAGAGGUCCAAUUGGAGCUAUUGAAGAGUUCCAAAAUUAUGUACUUAGAACCUCCUGAGGAAUCCCAAGCUAUAGUCCUAAUUUGGAGAUCCACAGAAUAGGCUAUUCGGAUUACCCUAAGUGCCUCCUUGAACUCAAAUGCUCCAUAGAAGCUCCCUGAGACUUCUUGUGCUGUUAGGGUUAGUGCUAUUUAACAGACUAAAUUUUGUUCACUUAAAUAAUAGCAUGGAAGUAUGAAAAGGUCUUCAUAGGUAAUUUCAAUGAAUGAUAGGAAUGAAAGAUAUAUUGCAACCAAUCAUAAUUUUGAAAAUACUUUUUUCACAUAAAUUUUUAGAAUUAAUUACACAUAUUAAUUGUGUUAUUUACCUAAACUUGCAACUCGCAAACUGGAAUUUGUUUUUCACAAAAUAAGAUUCAAUGUUAUUGUCAUACUUGUAAAAAUUAAAUAUAAGCAUAAUAUAUUUGCUAAAAAAAAAAUUGUAUUUAGUCCACCCUAAUAACAUAUACAUAUAUAUUUAUGAAUCUUGUACAGACAUCCAUUUUUAUGUAUUUAAAUUUAAGAAAUAAUUUUCUUCUUCUAGUGUUGUUAUUCUUCGUUAUUUAUGUCGUACAUAUAAGGUAGCAGACCAUUGGUAUCCUAAAGAUGUUCAAAAACAAGCACGAGUUGAUGAAUGUCUAAUGUGGCAAUAUAAUAGAGAGCUCAUUGUACUCAAUAUUUUUGGCAUAAGGUAAUGUGGCACAGGUGACUUUUGAGUAUUUUAAUUGUUUAUGUAAAUUGGUAUUUUAAUUAAUUGUUUUUCUCUAGGCAUUUAUACCAUUGAAGUCUGGACAACCAGCUAGUGUGAAAACAAUUGUAACUCUAGAAGAAAGAAUGAUUGAAAAUCUUGAUUUAAUAGAAAAUAUUUGGUUAAAAAAUAAACUAUUUUUAUCCGGUGAUGAGAUUUCUAUUUCUGAUCUUGUUGGUGCAUGUGAAGUAGAACAACCGAGUGAGAAAAUAAUUUAUACUAUUAUUAUAUUUUAUGUAUUUAUUUACACAUGUAUAUUUAGGAAUUGCUGGUUUUGAUCCACGAGAAAAUCGUCAUAAUUUGACAAAGCGGAUUGCUGGAGUUUUCCCGCUUUUAUGA